UAUUCGGGAGGAAGUGAGAAUAGAGGGACCGAUUGUCAGUUGAUUUACACGCAGACCCGCUACGCGGAAAUCCUUGCAGUGGCUGAAUGAAGGGUGCUGUAAGGGAAGAGCCAGAUGGUUGCAGCAUGAAGGAGAAAAGAGACCCACCUCUUCUCCCACAGGUACCCAUACUGCGCCUCCCUCGUCCUCCUUCACCAUCUGGCCGUGGAUUUGACCUUUCUUCACCCCGAGCACUUGCUCACUGCCCGCCCAAAGAUCACCAGAAGUGUCGCUCUUUUCUUCGCCAGCUAUUCCUCCGCAGCCUUCUUGCAUCAGCUGGCCUUCCAGUCACCUUCUCAUUGUAUCAGCGUGUAACCGUGAGUGCUGAUCGCUUCAAUGCCUGUGAUAUGGAAGGACAAAAUUUUCAGGUCUCUGACCUACAGACUCCUAUUGGUGUGCAAAAGGAAGCACUUAUCCGGGGCCCCGACAUUAUUUCAUACUCUUUUCAUGUCUGAGGGAUUAUUAAUUAUGUUGAAGUGAACUGAACUAAAAAUAAAACAAGUCUGUGUAUUCUUA